UACAUUCUCUAUUUGCUCUUGUUUCACACAUUAUAUUAUAAAGCUCAUUUUAAUCAUCUCCAUUUGAUUUAUUUCUACGUUCCUCCAAACUAAUUAACAUGGAAACCACCCAUUUCUCACCCAACAAUCAAGAACCCGCCUCCUCCGCCACCAAAUCGGCCUCUCCCCGGAUUUCAAAAGCAACCCUAGCUGGUUCCACCUCUAGGGUUCCUGAUAACUUGUCUCCCAAGAAAGAUUCGGAAUCGUUAUUGCAAGUUCAAGAAUUGUAUCUUAAUAGCAAAUCUGAGUCUACUAGACAGCUUGACGAGGAAGACAAGGAGGCGUCGCGGAUGAUAGCGAAGGAGAACGGAAGAGAAAAAUUGAAGAGGCAUAGAGAAGAGGUUGCGGGAGAUGUUAGGAUACCAGAAAAAUGGAGUCAAGAAAGUUUACUUAAAGACUGGAUGGAUUAUUCUUCUUUUGAUAAAUUGUUAGCUCCGAAAGGGCUUCAAUCGGCUCGAGAAGCGCUUAUAGCUGAAGGACGUCGAGGUAGCUCGCAAAGAUUGAGGAUAGGAAGUAGGUGUUAUUAUUGAAUGUUGAUGACUUUUUUUUAUUUUUAUUCUUCUUGUUAACAUGUAAUAAUCGAGAUUAGCUAAGAAAUUUCAUGUUUUCGUCAUUAA